GAGUCUGAACCAGCCGCUGUUUCAAUCGAUCCAUCUCUCUUGCUGAGUUUUGACGAUCCUGUGUUCACUCCUGAUCAGUAUGAGGAGGCGAAAUCUAGAGAGAAGGAAGUGCAACCUUUCAAAUUGUUUGCCGAUCUCGACCAGUUCAACAAGGCAGAUGUUUCUGUGGUUGACAAUUUAGCAACGUAUUCUCCGUUUGAGGAUUCGGAGCAAGAUCAUUUGAUCGAGAAGUACGAUUACGGCCACAUUUCUGCGAUGCUGCCUCCGACAGACGAAGAGCCAGAGUGGCAGAAGGUCAUUCUCAAGAAAUCGAAGGAUGCUGAUAAGCACAGUGUUCCUUAUCAGAAAGGUUUGUUUGCACCAACGUUUAGAAGGUUCAACAUUUUGAAGCCUCCUGCUCCUCCUUCGAUCAAGAACUUGGAGCUGAGAAUUCCUACCAUUUGGCUUCCGCAAGAUGACAAGUAUUUGAUCAAAUACGUUACAGAUUUCUCGUUCAACUGGAACAUUAUCUCUGCUCAUCUCUCAGCCAGAGCUACCAGAAGUUACACUUCGAACAUUGAGAGACGUACGCCAUGGCAGUGCUUUGAGAGAUACAUUCAACUGAACGACAAGUUUCAAUUUUCAGACAUGAGAGGAAUGUAUCCAUUAGCAGCUAAGGAAUGGCUUGAGGCUGCUCAUAAGGUUCAGAUCACGACAAAGAGACGUAUCUCCCCGCUGGGUGUCGGUAUCGAGUCCAUUCAAAGAGGACACAGACGUCUCAGAUGGGGAUCGAUGUUCGAUGCAAUGCGUAAGCUGAUGAAGAAAAGAGAAAACGUUCAGAAGCCAUCUCAACAGCCAAGAAAGAAUAAUGUUGACGAAAAGAAGAUGGACACACCUACUCCCGAGCAAUUGUCGAAACUCAAGCACGAGAGAGACCGUGCGAUCCAAGAAGCCUAUGCCAAGGGUAACGGAAACACUGGAUUCACAAGAUUGCGUGUUCCUCAGAAUGCUCGUCAAUUGUCAAACAGCGCCAGAAAGUCUCCGUUCCCUACUAACGGACAGGCCAACCCUGUUGCUGCUGCGGCUGCGGCUGCGCAAUCAAUCAACGGUAGACGUUCUGCGGUUCCUACCAAGCUUCCGGCUCAGGCUGGGGCUUCUCCACACGCUCAGCAAGCACAGAUCAGAUCGAACAGUCCUCAGCUUUACCAGCAGCAAAUAGGCCAAGGCCAAGCAGUGGCUGGAGCUCCUCAAGGAACUCCCAUUCCUGAGCAAGUCCAGCAGUUGAUGUUGCAGAGACAACGGCAGAUGAUCCAACAGCAACAGCAAGGAUCAAGACAAGGAAGCCGACCACCACAGUCGGCGUCGUCUCCAAUGGAGUCUCCUGUUUCCACGCCUACUCCUCAGCAAGUUCUGCAGAACGCCGGUUCAGCCGCUCCGUCUCCGCAGAGCUUUUCGCAGUUGCAACUUCAGCCAGGCCAGACGCAGGAGCAGUUUGCACGUCAGCCUGGAUUCUCCAUGCAGCCAAUAGCGGGCAGCAGCUCGUCGCCUCAGGACGUGCAUGCGAACGGCCAGAUCUCGCAGCAACCACGGAACGGCUCGAGAGUGAACUUCACCACGUCGCAGGUGUCUGCGAUCAUCAACCAGAUCCAGACCCAGAACCCCAACCUUCCUAAGGAGCAGGUCACGAGACUGGCGGUGGCGUACCUGGCUAACUACCAGCAGAACCAGAACCGUUCAGCGGAGCAGGGAGGACAGCAGCCGGGCAAACAACCAUUGGCUCCGUCGAACGGAGGCGCAAUUGCCGGUCAAUUGAGUACUCCUACCAAACAGACGUCUACUCCGCAGACGGCCCAGGCUCUGACACCACAGCAGCUUGCUCUGUUUGCCAACAACCCUAAUCUGACUCCGCAGCAACGCAAGCAGCUUCAGGCGUUGCGCCAGCACCAGCUGCAACAGCAGCAGCGGCGGCAGCAGUUUGUGCAGGCGGGCGGCGAGCCGCAGACUCCGGGAGCUGGAGCUGCGCAGCAGGCCCAGUCUGCGCCCACGAGCACCAAGAAGGUGAACUCGUCCUCUAUCACGACACGGUUUUCUCCGCAGCCAGGAAUCAACGUUGUGCCAAUGGUGAACCAGCCAGGAUCGUCGGUCGCUCCGUCGGGCAACAACAGCUUUGGGUCCUCGCCGUCGAUGAAGAACGUGAGACGUGUUGGAGAACUUGAACGUAAGCGACAGAGGCUGUUUGUGGUCCACGACGUAAUCGAUCUUGACGUCGCCGCUGGUCACAAGGUUGGUGGCAGCGGCCGGCGCAGAGACCGACGAGAAGUCGAACUGGAACGGGUCCAGAGCAGCCGGCUGUGCUGGAGCGGCCUUCUGCGUCGUGGAGAACGCAGACAAAAUGUCCACGGACGGCGACUGUUCUCUGGUGGUGCUUGGAGACCCGAGCAGGUUGAUGGCACCAAAGUUGCCCAACGAGCCGGCACCGGUGAUGUUGGAGCUGGAGCCGGUCUUUGGCUCGAACGACAGUCCACCCAGGUCGCCAAGGAGAUCGGCCAUGGCGUCGUUGGCGGUCGGAGCAGGCGCGUUCGACGCAGCAGGUGCAGGCUCGUCGUCGUCAAAAUCGAUCAGGUUCAGUCCGCCGCCGCCCGCAACCUUGACCUUGGAUGCGUUGGCCACGUCGCCCUGUUUCAGGAGAUCGGCCUUCUGCAAAAUGGAGUUGAUCUUGUCGUUGAGACUCAGCAGCUUGCCAACCUGUUCCUGGUCGUCGGACUCCUCCUGAACGAGAGUCUGCAGUUUUGGCUGGGCCACUCUCAAGGAGCUGAUCAGCUCGGCAAUAGUCUCGUCAGAUGGGUCGAACGUGCCGGUGUUGGUGGCAUUGUUGAGCAUCUCGUCCAAAAUGCUGGCCUUUCUGCUCACUUUCUCCACGUCCUCAUUGACCCUGUUUCUGGCCUCGUCCAUGGUCUCGUCGUGCUUGAACCCAGACAUGAUCUUCAUCAAGUCGUUGGCCUCCUUCAAGUCCUGCGGUCUGCCUCUUCUCACGAGCUCCUGCAACUUGGCACUCUGGGCAAUUCUCUCCUCCCGUUGAAUCUCGUCGAUCGACUUGAUGUUGUCGCUAGGGUUCAGAACAGCAGCGUCCUCCUUUCUCACCGCCGGGAACUCGUAGCCCUUGCUUCUCAAAAGACGAUGCAUAUCUCUAAUGUACCCCAAAUCCUCCUUGUAUCUCGAGGUCUUGCAAAUGGUCUGGACCCAUUCGGCAAUGGUGCCCAAAAUGAGUCUCUGUGUUCUAGAGUAGGCUGGAGGUGGCCUUUCCGGGAACCGCUUCACCAGCUCGUUCAAGAACUCUUUUCUCGAAAUCUGCAAAUGGAUCGGGUACCCGCAAUUCUUCACCAGGUAAUCAAGCAACUAUGA